UCAACGGUCAAUUGUACGGUUCGGUGAGAGUCACUCCAAAGCUCCAGUCCAGUCCCGUCCAGGGUUUAGAAGAGGGCUGAAAAAACCCUAAUCCCCAAAUUCUCUACCACCCAAUUCGCCUGCACUGCAACUUCAAUUGCCCAGACAUGAGCUUCGCGGCCUACAAGAUGAUGCAUUGGCCUACCGGCAUCGACCACUGCGCGUCGGGCUUCAUAGCGCAUUCCGCCGCCGAUUUCGCGCCAAGAAUCGCCCCGGCAGCCGUCGACGACCUGGAGUCGGAAUGGCCCGCAUCCAAGAAGCCAAUUGGCCCAAUCCCUAAUCUCAUUACGGCUGCUGCCAACGUUCUUGAAGUAUACACUGUUAGAAUCCAGGAGGAGUUUUCUUCUGCAACGGACUCCAGGGCUGCCGCGGAACCCAAGCGCGGAGGUGUUUUGGCCGGCAUUUCCGGCGCUUCUCUUGAGCUCGUCUGCCAUUACAGGUUGCACGGUAAUGUUGAGUCACUGGGGAUUUUACCUUCUGGAGGGGGUGAUGGGGGAAGGAAAAGAGAUUCUAUUAUAUUGACAUUUCGAGAUGCAAAAAUUUCAGUUUUGGAGUUUGAUGAUUCGAUACAUGGGCUUAGGACGAGUUCAAUGCACUGUUUUGAGGGUCCUGAUUGGCUGCAUUUGAAACGAGGCAGAGAAUGCUUUCCGAGAGGCCCUUUAGUAAAAGUUGAUCCAUUGGGGAGGUGUGCUGCAGUUCUCGUUUAUGGUUUGCAGCUGAUAGUACUUAAGGCAGCUGAGGCAAGUUCAGGUUUAGUUGGUGAGGACAGCUCUUUAAAUGCGGGUCCUGCUACUGCUUCUCGCAUUGAAUCGUCAUACAUUGUUGGGCUCCGGGAUCUUGACAUGAAGCAUGUGAAAGAUUUUAUCUUUUUGAAUGGUUACAUUGAGCCUGUUGUAGUAAUUCUACAUGAACAGGAGCUUACAUGGGCCGGUCGUGUCUCAUGGAAACAUCACACGUGUAUGAUAUCUGCACUCAGCAUCAAUACAACUCUAAAGCAGCAUCCACUCAUAUGGUCGGCAAUUAAUCUUCCUCAUGAUGCAUACAAACUCCUUGCUGUUCCAUCUCCCAUUGGUGGAGUUCUCGUAAUUUGUGCAAAUACAAUCCAUUACCAUAGUCAGUCAGCAUCAUGUGUCUUAGCAUUGAACAAUUUCGCAGUUCCUUUUGAUGGCAGUCAAGAAAUGCUUAGAUCAGGUUUCACUACAGAGCUUGAUGCUGCAAAUGCAACGUGGUUAGCAAGUGAUGUUGCUGUAUUUUCUUCAAAGUCCGGGGAGCUGCUUUUACUGACUCUUGUUUAUGAUGGGAGAAUGGUACAAAGACUUGAACUCUCCAAGUCAAGAGCUUCAGUACUUGCGUCGGAUAUAACUACAGUUGGAAAUUCACUAUUCUUCUUGGGCAGCCGUUUGGGUGAUAGUCUGCUCGUGCAAUAUAAUUCUGGAGUGGGAGCUUCGUCAAUGACUUCUGGUGUGAACGAAGAGGAUGAGGAUAUUGAGAGCGAUGCACCUUUGACAAAGAGGUUGCGAAGGUCUCCCUCUGAUGCAUUGCAGGAUUUAAUUGGUGGCGAGGAGCUUUCUUUCUAUGGCAGUGCUCAGAACAAUGCUCAGUCCCCUCAGAAAACAUUCACAUUUUCAGUGCGAGAUUCACUGCUAAAUGUGGGACCAAUGAAGGAUUUCUCAUAUGGGUUAAGACUUAAUGCUGAUCCUAAUGCUGCAGGAGUUGCAAAGCAAAGUAAUUAUGAAUUGGUAUGUUGUUCUGGUCAUGGAAAGAAUGGUGCUCUCUGUGUGCUCCAGCAAUCAAUCCGCCCUGAAACCAUAACUCAAGAAUCGUUGCCUGGUUGCAAAGGUAUUUGGACUGUGUACCACAAGAAUUCUCGUGGUGAUUCCAUAAAAGGAGCGGAUGAUGAAGAUGAAUAUCAUGCAUUCUUAAUUAUUAGUUUGGAAAAUCGUACAAUGGUUCUACAAACUGCUAGUAAUCUUGAGGAAGUGACUGAAAAUGUUGAUUACUAUGUUCAAGGAAGUACAAUUGCAGCAGGAAACUUGUUUGGAAGACGUCGAGUUAUCCAAGUGUUUGCUGGCGGUGCAAGGAUUCUUGAUGGUGGUUAUAUGACUCAGGAGGUGACUUUUAAAUCUUCCAAUCCAGAGUCAGGUGAAGCUGUUACUGUGUCAUCAGUUUCUUUUGCCGACCCUUAUGUGUUGUUGAGAAUGAGUAAUGGAAGCAUUCAGCUUAUUGUUGGAGAUACAUCAACAUGCCUUAUUUCCAUCACCAUUCCACCAUUAUUUGAAAGCCCAGAUAAGCUCGUAUCUGCCUGUACACUCUAUCAUGAUAAAGGACCAGAACCAUGGCUCCGUAAAACAAGUACUGACGCGUGGCUUUCUACUGGAAUUGGAGAAGCUAUUGAUGGUGCUGAUGGUGUGUUGCAUGACCAGGGUGACGUAUACUGUAUAGUGUGCUAUGAAAGUGGAAAUCUCGAGAUAUUUGAUGUGCCUAAUUUUAGCAGUGUUUUCAUAGUGGAUAAAUUUGUUUCUGGAAAGAGUAACAUUUCUGAUACUUUUUUCCAUGAUACACCAAACGAUCCAGUAAAACCUAUUAAAAAAGACCCUGAAGCUGCUGGGCAUGAUAGGAAGGAUGCAACUCAUAAUAUUAAGGUUGUUGAGUUGUCUAUGCAGCGAUGGGGACAGCAACAUAGUCGUCCCUUUCUUUUUGGAAUAUUGUCUGAUGGAAGCAUUCUUUGCUACCAUGCUUAUGCAUAUGAAGUUACAGAAAAUGUUUCCAAGGCUGAGGGUGUUGUUUCUUCUCAAAGCUCCCUUAACCUCAGCGGUGCGAGUGCAUCUAGGCUUAGGAAUUUACGCUUUUUCCGUGUUGUUUUGGACUCAUACACAAGAGAGGAGACACCUGCUGGUACCUCAUCACAGCGUUUAACUGUUUUCAAGAAUGUUGGUGGGUUGCAAGGUUUAUUCCUCUCUGGGUCAAGGCCAACUUGGAUUAUGAUGUUCAGGGAGCGGCUUCGAAUACAUCCACAGGUGUGUGAUGGUCCCAUAGUUGCCUUCACUGUUCUUCACAAUGUGAAUUGUAAUCAUGGAUUCAUAUAUAUUACAUCAGAGGGUGCGCUGAAAAUAUGCCAACUUCCAGCUCUUUCAUAUGACAACUAUUGGCCUGUACAAAAGAUAUCGCUGAAAGGGACUCCACAUCAAGUUACUUAUUUUGCUGAGAAGAACUUGUACCCUCUCAUAGUUUCUGUUCCAGUGCUCAAGCCACUCAAUCAGGUCCUUUCAUCUCUUGUUGAUCAUGAAGUUGGAAACCAAUUUGAGCAUGAUAAUUUGACUUCAGAAGGGACCUAUCCUGUGGAAGAAUUUGAGGUUCGGAUUAUGGAACCAGAAAGGUCAACUGGGCCAUGGCAAACUAGGGCUACUAUUCCAAUGCAAACUUCUGAAAAUGCUCUUACUGUGCGAGUGGUUUCAUUAUUUAAUACCACGACGCAAGCAAAUGAAACACUUUUGGCAAUUGGAACUGCGUAUGUGCAAGGAGAAGAUGUUGCAGCAAGAGGACGCAUUAUCCUAUAUUCUGUUGAGAGGAGCUCUGACAAUGUGAAAGCUAAGGUUACCGAGGUUUACUCCAAGGAGUUAAAAGGCGCCAUAUCAGCCCUUGCAUCACUCCAAGGUCAUCUGUUAAUAGCUUCAGGGCCUAAGAUUAUUCUACACAAGUGGACGGGCUCCGAGCUGAAUGGCGUUGCCUUCUAUGAUGUCCCGCCUCUCUAUGUUGUGAGCUUGAACAUUGUUAAAAAUUUUAUCCUCCUUGGAGAUAUCCACAAAAGCAUAUACUUCCUUAGUUGGAAGGAGCAGGUCUCUCAACUCAAUUUAUUAGCUAAGGAUUUUGGCUCACUUGAUUGUUUGGCAACCGAGUUUCUGAUCGAUGGAAGCACUCUGAGCCUUGUUGUCUCAGACGACCAGAAGAAUGUUCAGAUAUUUUACUAUGCUCCAAAAGUGUCGGAAAGCUGGAAGGGACAGAAACUUCUAUCGAGGGCCGAGUUCCAUGUUGGUGCGCACAUCACAAAGUUUCUGCGGCUGCAGCUACUUCCUACAUCUGCAGAUCGAACAGCUCCUGGCUCUGACAAGACAAAUCGCUUUGGCUUACUUUUUGGCACCCUCGAUGGCAGCAUUGGCUGCAUCGCACCUCUUGACGAGCUUACUUUUCGCCGGCUCCAGUCGCUGCAGAAAAAGCUUGUUGAUGCUGUUUCUCAUGUUGCUGGAUUAAAUCCAAGAUCCUUUCGUCACUUCAAUUCAAAUGGAAAGGCUCAUCGACCAGGACCUGACAGUAUUGUUGACUGCGAACUCCUGUCACGGUAUGAGAUACUCCCGCUGGAAGAACAAGUCGAGAUCGCCCACCAGAUUGGUACAACACGAACGCAGAUCGUAUCCAACUUGAAUGACCUCACUCUCAGCACGAGCUUCCUAUGAGCGCUAAAAUUUUGCACAAAAAGAUGGGGGGAUUCUUCGCCAAUGGCUUCUCCGGCGGCACCCGAGAUUUCGGUUUCGAAACCUAAAGGGAAUGAAUCUUGGAUUAUUGUUGUUAGUUGUUCUUGUGUUUGGUGUGUAGAUGCAAAUCAUUUGUUCAUGUAACUUAUUAGUGUUUUGGACUUUUUGCAAAUGGAAAUAUUUAUAUGAUCAUUUUCAUGGGAGCUUAGGAAGACAUUUAUAACGUAAAUUAUGACUGUUU